AGAGAAAGAGAUCAUCAUCAACAUAAUCUAUUGAUCGUCAUUAACUUUGAAGAUCCGUCUAUUGCGCGUAAUUCCAGUGUUUUUUCUCGUAGCCCCCAUUGGUAGGUGUUUUGCAGUAGAAACCAGAGGCGGCCCACCCAAAAGAACGCCCACAUUGAAUAGAAGUGGAGAAAUCUCGCAGCGUUGCCACAUUUCAGCUAUCCACCUACCUAACCUAUCUAUCUGGUUGACGAUUUGAAGAUAGUGGGAGAGAGUACCGUUAAAGUUAAAUACUUUGGGCGCUCUCAGUGCAACAAGAAAGCUCACACCACACACACACACACUCAGUUGGAGAUAUCGAGUGAGAGAGUGAUAGUGAUAGAGAGCGAGAACAUUUGAAAAAGAGAGAGAGACAUAAUUCCACUCAGGCUAGCAUUUAGCGUGUGAGAGAAAGAGAGUGAGAGCAACACACAUAUACACACACAUUCUCUCUCUGCUAGUACACCCCCGAGUACACACACACUCUGUCUCUCUGUGGAUGUGUGUGUGUUGCCCUGCUGAUAGGUAUAUACCUGUGCCGUGCCAGUGCUUGCGCCCGAGCUGAUAUCUCCCACUGUGGGCAUUGUUAACUAGUAAGAAGAAGCAGAACGUAAUACAUAUAUCGUCUGUCAAAAUGUUUGCUGUAAUGCGAAUCGACAACGAUGACUGCCGGUCGGAUUUCCGUCGCAAGAUGCGUCCAAAGUGUGAAUUCAUUUGCAAGUAUUGCCAGCGGCGUUUCACCAAGCCAUACAAUCUAAUGAUCCACGAGCGUACACACAAAUCGCCAGAGAUAACAUAUUCCUGUGAGGUUUGUGGCAAAUAUUUCAAGCAACGUGAUAAUCUGCGUCAGCACAGAUGUAGUCAGUGUGUUUGGCGAUAAGCUAAAUUACCAAUCAAUAUAUACACACACAGCAAUAUAUAUAUAUACAUAUAUAAAAAACAAAAAACAAAAACAAAACGCACCGCAGCACCAACAGCACGCAAUAUCACAACUAUAUACAAUAUCUUUUCUUAAAUAUUAAACAAGAAUAAACUUAAAACGAAGUAAAAGACAUCAAUAAACAAUAAAUAAAUAUAUAUAA